CACAGAAGUUCACAGAACCCAUGUUGCUGCUAUGUGACUUCUAAAUGUCGUAUCUGAUCUCUCGUCUUUCUGUGGGACUGCAUUACAGAUGCAACAUCAGACCAAUAAUUCAGCAGAGUGAGAGCCGAUCACCUCCAGUCCUGCAAUUGAUGCUCUAUUCAACAGAAACACGAUUGCACUUUUUAGGAGGAAGAAACGAGUUGGAAAGGAGCGCAAAUAGAGAAGCAGAUGAACAGGGGACACGAGAGACCAAUAGAAGACUAUGAGAUAUUUGACUCGGGCCUAGAGAAAUGGAAACAGCAGGAAAGGACAGCGAUGGUGUCCUCUGCGCUCUGCGCCCUCAUUGUCUCCAUGCUGCUGUGGAACACUCUUGUGUGCAUCGCCGUCAUCAAAUUCAGACAUCUGUGAUCCAAAGUGACUAAUUUUUUCGUCAUAUCUUUGGCAGUGUCGGAUCUCUUCGUGGCUGUUCUGGUCAUGCCGUGGAAGGCUGUCUCCGAAGUGGCCGGUUGUUGGCUCUUCGGGAGCUUUUGUGACACUUGGAUAGCCUUUGAUAUCAUGUCUUCGACGGCAUCUAUUCUGAAUUUUUGCAUCAUAAGUUUGGAUAGAUACUGGGCCAUCUUGAGCCCUUUCCGUUACGAGCGUGAAAUGACCCAGCGGGUGGCGUUUGUCAUGAUCGGGAUGGCGUGGACCCUCUCCAUCCUGAUUUCCUUCGUCCCUGUCAGACUCAACUGGCACAAGGCGAGUGCACAUAUCUCACCGAUAAACCACGGCAUCCCAUCGGAGGACUGCACUGCGACUUUGAACAGGACAUACGCCAUUGCAUCUUCACUCGUAAGCUUUUACGUUCCUGUCAUCAUUAUGAUCGGAACAUACACGCGCAUCUACAGGAUUGCGCAAAUGCAGAUCCGAAGGAUCUGGGCAGCCGGACACACUCAAAGUCACCGCGAAUGCUCGAGCCAACAGUUGCUAGACCCGAGCCCUGACAAACAGUCCCUUAAAAGCACAUUCAAGAAAGAGACCAAGGUGUUAAAAACCCUGUCCGUCAUAAUGGGAGUGUUUGUGUUGUGGCUGCCGUUCUUCGUCCUGAACUGCAUCGUUCCUUUCUGUGACCUGGACGCGCUCGGAGACUCUCGGUGCGUCAGCAGCACAACCUUCAGCAUCUUUGUGUGGUUCGGAUGGGCCAAUUCUGCCCUCAACCCGGUGAUCUAUGCGUUCAACGCGGAUUUCAGGAAAGCGUUCACCACUAAAUUGGGCUGCAACAGACUUUGCGCGUCUUCUGCGGUGGAGGCAGUGAAUUUCAGUAACGAGCUGGUGUCUUAUCAUCACGCAACCCAUCACGACACCACUCUUCCCCAGAAAGACGCGCAGGACGCAUCCGAUCCUCAGCGCUUAGUUUUGGUACCCAUGGUACCCGUUUUGGUACUCGCGUCUUUCGAUAGGGUUUCGGUCGCUUCUGGUUUGUCUUGUAUCCAGAGAAACGUGCCGCUGCCUGGCACCGAGCAGCAAGAAGGUGAGCUGGAGAUAUCUUUGGACAUGAUGCGCUUCACAUCCACAGGACCGAGCAACUGCUGUGGGAUUCCGGGUCAUAUUGAGGAGAAGCAUGUAGACAAAACUGGAAAGAUUUAUAGCUCCGUAAUAAUUAGCCCAUGA